AUGGGGACAGUUGACAUUGAUAUACAACAUAUAGACUGGAGGCGGAAAUCGGCGGUCGUGUGUUGUAGACAGGUUCUGAACUCUUCAGUCUUAGAGAAAGCUGAACAUUAUACUCCACUUCUCAAACGUUUUUGUAAUCAUGAGCCAAGCCAUGAGCCUAGUCAUGAGCCUAAUCAUGAGCCAAGUCACAAUCCAAGUCAUGAGCCAAGUCAUGAGCCUAGUCAUGAGCCUAAUCAUGAGCCAAGUCACAAUCCAAGUCAUGAGCCAAGUCAUGAGCCUAGUCAUGAGCCUAAUCAUGAGCCAAGUCACAAUCCAAGUCAUGAGCCAAGUCAUGAGCCUAGUCAUGAGCCUAAUCAUGAGCCAAGUCACAAUCCAAGUCAUGAGCCAAGUCAUGAGCCUAGUCAUGAGCCUAAUCAUGAGCCAAGUCACAAUCCAAGUCAUAAGCCAAGUCAUGAGCCAAGUCAUGAGCCUAGUCAUGAGCCUAAUUAUGAGCCAAGUCACAAGCCAAGUCAUGAGCCAAGUCAUGAGCCUAGUCAUGAGCCUAAUCAUGAGCCUAAUCAUGAGCCAAGUCACAAGCCAAGUCAUGAGCCUAAUCAUGAGCCAAGUCACAAGCCAAGUCAUGAGCCAAGUCAUGAGCCAAGUCACAAGCCAAGUCAUGAGCCAAGUCAUGAGCCUAGUCAUGAGCCUAAUCAUCAGCCAAGUCACAAGCCAAGUCAUGAGCCAAGUCAUGAGCCUAAUCAUGAGCCAAGUCACAAGCCAAGUCAUGAGCCAAGUCAUGAGCCUAGUCAUGAGCCUAAUCAUGAGCCUAAUCAUGAGCCUAAUCAUGAGCCAAGUCACAAGCCAAGUCAUGAGCCAAGUCAUGAGCCAAGUCAUGAGCCUAGUCAUGAGCCUAAUCAUGAGCCAAGUCACAAGCCAAGUCAUGAGCCAAGUCAUGAGCCUAGUCAUGAGCCUAAUCAUGAGCCUAAUCAUGAGCCUAAUCAUGAGCCAAGUCAUGAGCCUAAUCAUGAGCCUAAUCAUGAGCCAAGUCAUGAGCCACGUCACGAGCCAAGUCAUGAGCCUAAUCAUGAGCCAAGUCAUGAGCCACGUCACGAGCCAAGUAAUGAGCCUAAUCAUGAGCCAAGUCAUGAGCCACGUCACGAGCCAAGUCAUGAGCCUAAUCAUGAGCCUAGUCACAAGCCUAGUCUAUUCGGGACACGUAGUUUCUCAAUUCCUUGUGAACUUUCUGGAAUUCAGGUGAAAGUUCAAACUCUUUGCCACUUGAUAGAUGUAUAG